GCUCGGCUCCCGGUUGCGGUGCCCUCUGGGAAAUGUAGUUUAUACCGCGGGGCCCCGGUGCAGUCUCCAUGCAUUCUCUCAAGUAUUGAACUACACUUCCCGAAAACCCAGGGUCUUCUCACGUCCUUCUUCCUGCGCUCUCCAACCAUUGCAAAAUAGUCCCCGAAGUUGCGUCUCUGUGAUUGGACGACGACUGCGAGCGGAUGGUUUGGACUCAGAGGAAAGGACUGCGUGAUGGCGCACGACAAUUGGCGGGAAGGGAGGCGUGUGUAACAUGAGGGAGGAGAGACGAACCCCUAAAUGAUUUCAUUUAAUGCGCAACACAGACUUUUUCGUUCCCUGAGAUAAACGUGGACGGUAAAGAGAUCUUCCGCUGCGUAAAACCGGCUCGACCCGGAAACAAAAUCUUUUAAAAUUGUACGCGUUCCCGAGGGGCGGGGGAAAUUGAUGUGUCCGGAAGACAGUACAGCUUCUCAGGUUGCUAAGCGACGAGGCGUGAGCACCCGAGCGAACUGUGGCGGCGGCUCCGAAAUCCUGAGCGAACUGUGGAGGCGGCUCCGAAACCCCGAAGACCUAGAGCGCACGACUUCCUUUGUAGCGCAGGGAAUCCUCCUCCGAUUAGUGUCAGCUGACGAGGAGAGGGUCUGCGGGCGCUCUUUUCUUGGUGACUCGCGGCGGUGCGUCUUCAUUCCAGAGGCAGACCAGAGAUUCCUUCUGCCAUCAGAUGUCUUUCUGCUUGACUGAACUGCACCUGUGGUCUUUGAAGAAUACUUUACACAUUAGGGAUAGAGACAUCGGCAUCUACCAGUAUUAUGACAAGAAAGAUCCACCAGUGUCUGCAACAGGGCAUGGUAACUUAGAGGAAAAGCAGAAGCUAGCAGAAUCACGAGAUUAUCCUUGGACGCUUAAAAAUAGACGCCCAGAAAAACUUCGAGACUCACUCAAGGAGUUCGAGGAACUGAUGCAAAACAGUCAAUGUGUGCUGAGCAAAUGGAAGAACAAAUAUGUCUGUCAGCUCCUCUUUGCUUCAGGUGUGUUGGUGUCUCUAAGCCUUUCUGGGCCACAGCUGGAGAAAGUGGUGAUUGACAGAAGCCUAGUGGGGAAGCUCAUCUCAGACACCAUCAGUGAUGCUCUUCUUACAGACAGUUUCAUCCUUUUAUCAUUUUUGGGACAAAAUAAACUAUGUUUUAUUCAGUUUACUAAGAAGAUGGAUUCUCCUGAUGUGAACAAAAGACUAGAAAAACUCUCAGCCUUGGAUUAUAAGAUUUCCUAUUGUGAAAUACCUGGUCCAGUAAAUAGAACAACAGAACGCCGUCUAGCUAUCAAUUGCAUCCAGGAUAUAGUUGUUUGUUGGUGGCCACUGGUCAGUGAUGAUGGUUGGCUGUGGGCCCCAAUUUCUUCUGAGAAGGACAGAGCCAAUCUGCUGCUGCUGGGUCAUGCUCAAGGAAAACUGGAGGUUCUGAGUUCUAUUCGCACAGAAUGGGAUCCACUGGAUGUUUGCUUCAGUGCCAAGCAGCCUUUUCAGGUGUUUACAGUGGAACACACCAUCAGUGUAGACAAAGAGCCCAUGGCUGACAGCUGCAUCUAUGAAUGUGUUCGGAACAAAAUCCAUUGUGUAUCAGUCACCAGAAUACCACUAAGAUCGAAAGCCAUCAGCUGCUGCAGAAAUGUUGCUGAAGACAAACUGAUUCUGGGCUGUGAAGAUUCUUCAUUAGUUCUUUAUGAAGCUCACCGCAGAGUGACUCUCUUGGCCCAGGCUGAACUUUUGCCUUCAUUAAUAAGCUGCCACCCAAGUGGUGCUAUUCUGCUUGUUGGCAGCAACCAAGGGGAGCUGCAAAUUUUUGAUAUGGCUUUGUCCCCUAUUGAUAUCCAGCUCUUGGCUGAAGACCGCUUACCUAAGAAGACUCUGCAAUUCAGUAAAUUCUUUAAUAUUUCCAGCAGUCUUGUUCAAAUGAAGUGGAUAGCUCCUCCAGUUGUUUCUCAGAAGCCUGAAAGUAAGGACAUCUAUGAUCGCCUCUUCCUCAUAUUUGACAGAGGACCUUUAGGUGUUCUUUUGUUUAAACUUGGUGUCCUCAAUCAAGGACAGCUUGGCCCAGUAGAUAUCAUCUUCCAGUACAUUCACUAUGAUGAGAUUCAUGAGGCUAUAAACAUCCUGAGCAGCAUGAACUGGGACACUCUGGGCCAGCAGUGCUUUAUCAGCAUGACUGCCAUUGUGAACUAUCUUCUUAGGCACAGGCUUACUCCAGAAAGAGAAGCACAGCUUGAGGCAAGCCUUGGAACCUUCUAUGCUCCAUCAAGACCACUUCUGGAUACAACUAUUUUGGAAUAUAGAGACCAAAUCAGCAAAUAUGCAAGAAGAUUCUUCCACCACUUGCUCAGGUACCAGAGGUUUGAAAAGGCAUUUCUCCUAGCUGUUGAUAUUGGUGCCCGAGACCUGUUUAUGGAUAUCCAUUACCUUGCCCUAGAAAAGGGUGAACUGGCAUUAGCUGAAGUGGCAAGGAAAAAAGCGAGUGACAUUGAUGAAGAAUCAAUAACCUCUGGAGUCGGUCUGAUACUUAAGAUUUGAACUACCGGAUCUUACAGGGCAUGCAUACAUUCAAUUUUUAUAGAUACUUCUAGAGACUGCUGAAGAGUAACUGUAGCAGUAUUCUGUCAGGACAUAAGAAUUACAUUUCAUCCUAAUCCUUGCCACUACUUUGUGUAUGCCCCAUCCCCUAGCCACCACCACCACUACUUUUUUUCAUUCUAGGGGUGAAUGUGUAGCAAAUGAUUGGAUUUAAUCUGUAUUUCAUUGACAAUUCAUGAAUUGACUAUCUUUUUUAACAUGUUUAUUGGAUAGGCGUGGUGGUGCACGCCUAUAAUCCAAGCACUUGGGCGGCUGAGGCAGGAGAAU